AUGGGAAACACAAGCAGUUCUCAUAAGAUAUCUGCUCAGGAUCGGGCUAUACUAGAUCUGAAAAACCAACGUGACAAACUUCGACAGUAUCAGAAGCGUAUCACCGUCCUCACGGACCGCGAAACUGCCAUUGCCAAGGAAUGCCUUGCACGCGAUGACCGCAGGCGCGCCCUCCUGGCACUUCGCCGCAAGAAAUAUCAGGAAUCACUGUUGACCAAGACGGAUUCGCAGUUGGAGCAGUUGGAGCAGCUGACCAGCCAAGUUGAGUUCUCGCUGGUCCAGAAAGAUGUUCUCUUUGGCCUGCAGCAGGGAACCAAGGUGCUACAAGCCAUCAAUAAGGAGAUGGGCGGUAUUGAAGCAGUAGAGAAACUUAUGGGGGAAACAGAGGAAGCCAGGGCUUACCAAGAAGAGAUCAGCCAAAUGCUUGCAGGCCAGUUGUCAAAUCAGGAUGAAGACGAGGUUGAGGACGAGCUAGAAAGGCUACAACAAGAAACACAGGCUAUCAAUCUCCCCAAAGUCCCCACAGCACCCCCAUUGGUGGUGGAAGGCGAAGAGGAGGUCGAUAUGGAGGAAGCAGAAAGAACAAGGGCCAGGGCGAAAACGCGUGCCGCAAUACCCGCCUCCUGA